UGGAAGAGCUCUCUCGGACUCUUUUGCUGCGUUCCACAAUCAGCAUUCUCAGUAGCUGAGGCACGUCCAGAUUGGCCUGCUCAAAAUUGUACUAGUGUUAUUCUUUUCCGACUGCCGUUAUUCAACGGCAGCGCCUUCUCUGUGCCUCGGACUUCAGCCAGACCCGUCUGCAUAGUAUAACGCCAACGACAAUCCGAUCCCCGCUCGCGAGACUUUACUCUUUCAGGCUCAAUGCUGGCCGAUCCAGAAACUAGCAGCAAAGUUGUCCCGCUUCAAAUCACGGAAGAUGAAGCCGCGGUUUAUGACCGCCAAAUCCGAUUGUGGGGGCUUGAUGCGCAACAACGGAUGAGAAAUGCCACAAUAAUGGUAGUCAGACUAAAAGGCAUUGCGACUGAAGCUAUUAAAAACAUUGUCCUUGCUGGCAUUGGCAAAUUGAUUGUUGUUGACGACGAGGUUGUGUCAGAGGAGGACUUGGGCGCCGGAUUCUUUUUUCGUGAAGACGACGUGGGCAAAAAGAGAGUGGAUGCAGCGAAGUCGAAAAUCGACAGUCUCAAUCCUUUGGUAACAGUUGAGACUGUACCUUCCUUUGUUCCUUUAGAGCCAAAAAAUCUAGAUGCAACCCUUCAAGACAUAGACCUUAUAUGCGUAACAGAUGCGGACCGGGACACAAUGAUACGUGUGAGCGAUGCUUGUCACCUCCAAAAAAGGCCAUUUUACGCAGGUGGAAGUUAUGGACUUAUCGGAUUCAUCUUUGCCGACCUCUCCGAUCACGAAUACCUCGCCCCGGAUGCAUCGGAUCCGAAAGACCCCAGCAAACGAGUGAAGAAAUCAUUGAACUAUUGUCCACUGAAGACCGCUUUGAAACCGUACUCUUGGGGAAAGCUAAAUCGAGUACAGACCAAAGACUUGAAUCCUGCGGUGGUUUUCUCAGUUUUGGCUCUCUGGGAGUUCCAAGCCCGUCAUGGAGGUCGAUUGCCUGAUGAAGACGAAUGUGCGCAUGAACUGGGCGAUAUUGCGAGCGCGCUAUUCUCAGCAGCUAAUAUUAACAAGCGCGUUUUAGGAUCCAUGCCCAAGGAUAUCACACAAACACUUUCUACUACCGCUGCACAUGAGUUCUCGCCUGUGUGCGCGGUGGUCGGCGGUAUGCUAGCCCAGGAUAUGCUCAAGGCGCUCUCCGCUCGGGAACCUCCGAUCGCAAAUUUCUUUGUUUUCGAUGGAAAUACCGGACAUGGGUCUGUUUGUCGAAUGAACAUGCCUUAGUGCUCCCGUGCCACAUAUUCAAGUCACGAUGCUGACCUUCUGAUGUGUCUCUAUAUCUGCGUGGCACUAGUUUUUGUUUUCCGUUGUCCG